AGUCCCUGCAGAGACCCAAGAAGGAGCACCACCAUGAAACUCAUCUCCACUGCCCUGUUUGUCCUGUGCCUUGGCUCUGCGGUGUGGGGGAAUAAAGGUGAAAAACAAACCAAAGCAACAAGAAAACAUGAGAUCUCUUCAAUAAUGGAUGCAUCUCAAGAGAAUUUGGUGGACCAAAAGUGCUUACUGAAAAAAUACACACAUCGCUCCUGUAAUAAAGUCUUCUGUCAACCAUGGCAGAAGUGCAUUGAUGGAACCUGUGUGUGUAAACUCCCUUACCAAUGCCCAAAGAAUGGCACCUCUGUGUGCUCAACUGACAGGAAAAGCUAUCCAACUUACUGUCACCAAAAGAGUUUUGAAUGUCUUCGUCCAGAGGCAAAGUUUUUACAUGAUGGAACAUGCAUGACUGAUGGAAAAUUUAGUGUUACCUUAAAUUACGGAAGUACAGGUUCAGAGGGGAUUGUUGAAGUAAAACUUGUGGACCAAGAUGAGAAAAUGUUCAUAUGUAAAAACAGAUGGAGCAUGGCAGAAGCCAAUAUAGCCUGCUUUGACCUCGGAUUUCCACAAGGUGCUCUUGAUACUCAGAGAAACUUUCCCUUACCUCCAGAUCUCCAUGCAAACGGCAGUGGGUGUCUACAUAUACGGUGUCAGGGUUUUGAGACCAGUUUGGCUGAGUGCACUUUUGCCAAGAGAAGAGCUAUGAAUUCCCAACAUUUUGCAGGUGUGGUGUGUUACCCACAGAAUGCAGAAUCUCCAACAGGUCCAUCUUUUCAGUGUGUGAAUGGGAAACACAUUCCUCAGCAGAAAGCCUGUAAUGGUGUCAACGACUGUGGAGAUCAAAGUGAUGAGCUGUGCUGUAAAGGGUGCCAAGGUAAAGGCUUCCAUUGUAAGUCAGGAAUUUGCAUUCCAAACCAGUUCAGGUGCAACGGUGAAGUGGACUGCGUUACAGGGGACGAUGAAAUCGGCUGUGAAGAAGUGAAACAACCUGCGAUUCGUCAUGUGGGAAUAGACAUUCUGACUCCUAAUAUGAAUGCAGAAAGAAAACGAAUCAAGUCUUUAUUGCCUACAAUAGCCUGUGGAGUAAAGAGGACCACACCUGCCCGAAGGAAGCGAGUGGUCGGAGGGAAGCUGGCACAAGCGGGAGACUUCCCCUGGCAGGUGGCCAUUAAGGAAGGUGACACAAUCAAGUGUGGUGGCAUCUAUAUUGGUGGCUGUUGGGUUCUGACUGCUGCACAUUGUGUCAGAGUCAGUAAAGUUCACCACUACCGGGUGUGGACAUCCUUACUAAGCUGGAUAAGACUUAAUGCUAAGAUAGUGGCUCUAUCAGUAGAGAGAAUUAUAAUCCAUGAAAACUACAAUGGAACCACCUACCAAAAUGACAUAGCUUUGAUAGAAAUGAGGAAACAACCAGGGAAGAAAGAGUGUGAGCUCUCUAAUUCUGUCCCUGCCUGUGUCCCAUGGUCUCCAUAUCUAUUCCAACCAAAGGAUAAAUGCAUCGUUUCUGGAUGGGGUCGAGAAAAAGAUAACCAAAGAGUCUUUUCCCUUAAGUGGGGUGAAGUUAACCUAAUAGGUAACUGCUCUGAGUUUUAUGGAAAUCGCUAUUACGAAAACGAAAUGCAAUGUGCAGGUACAGACGAUGGUUCCAUUGAUGCCUGCAAAGGGGACUCUGGAGGCCCCUUGGUCUGUAUGGAUGCCAACAAUGUGACUUAUGCUUGGGGUAUUGUGAGUUGGGGUGAAAACUGUGGAAAACCAAAGUUCCCAGGUGUUUACACCAGAGUGGCAAGUUAUUUUGACUGGAUUAGCUCCCACGUGGGAAGGUCUCUUAUUUCUCAAUAUAAUGUCUGAAACUGUGAUCUCCUUCUCUCUGUGCUUAGUCUUUCAGGAGUCCACUUUAAUUGAAAUAAAAUGAUAAUUAGUAUUUCUCUAGAGCAAAAAUGAAGCAAAACUUAUUAGAUAUCCUUAAAGGUCUAUGCAAAGUCUGUGUCAUAUAAGAAUAUUGCCAUAUACGUCCCAAAUAAAUAUUCUGGCCAAGCAUA